AUGGGUGUGGAAAAUUCUGCAAAAGAAGGUGAUCCUGGAACAAUAUUCUUCUUCAGGGAAGGAGCUGCUGUGUUAUGGGAUGUGAAAGACCAAACUAUGAAGCAUAUGAUGCAAGUUCUAGAAAAACAUGAAAUUCAGCCCUAUGAAAUUGUAUUGGUUCACUGGAAAAAUGAAGAGCUUAACUACACAAAAACAGAGGGGCAGUCAAAACUUCACAGAGGGGAAAUCUGGUUAAAUUCAGAGCUGGAUUUAGAUGACGCCAUUCUGGAGAAAUUUGCUUUCUCAAAUGCCCUUUGCCUCUCAGUGAAACUUGCUAUCUGGGAAGCAUCACUGGAUAAAUUUGUUGAAUCUAUUCAGUCGAUUCCAGAGGCUUUAAAAGCUGGGAAGAAAGUGAAACUAUCUCAUGAAGAAGUUAUGCAGAAAAUGGCUGAACUCUUUGCCCUAAGACACUGUAUAAACUUGAGUACAGACUUCUUGAUCACCCCUGAUUUCUACUGGGACAGAGAAAAUCUGGAAGAACUUUAUGAUAAAACUUGUCGGUUCCUCAGCAUUACUCGUACAGUCAAGGUACUGUUUGAACUGGGACGAGUAUUUUUUCUGAUUAAGUGA